GAAGAGUAUCUAUCCACUGUCUACGUUACCAGGUAAAUCAUUUACAUGUAUAAGGAAAAGGAGGGGUCCUAGAAUACUACCCUGUGGCACCCCAUGUUUUAUAUCUUGUAGUUCUGAUAGCUGUUUCCCUUGAUUGUGUGACACUUCUACUGCUUGUUUUCUGUUCUGCAGAAAUGACUUUAUGAUAUCAAGAGCAGUUCCUCUAAUUCCAUAGUGGUGUAGCUUCAUUAUUAAUACGUGGUGAUUGACAAGAUCAAAAGCUUUAGAUAAGUCACAAAAAACACCAACUGGGAUUUGUCCUUGAUCUAGGCCUGCAGAGAUUAUAUUAAUAAGUUCAAAUGCAGCUGACACUGUAGAUUUUUCCUUCUGUACAGUACAGUGUUGGCAGAACAAGAACAACAUUACCAUUAGCAGUGUUUUUUAUUUAAUUUAUUUAUUUAUUCAUUUAUUCAAUUAACAUGUCUACUCUAAUUUUAUAUGUUCUUAACAAAAUGAACCACAUGCAGUGAAGUUACGAGUCAAGACUUUUUGAGGAAUAUGCCUACAGACAUAUUAAUUGACUAUGUUGGCCGGAGGAUGAACACAACAAAAAAUAAAGUUGCACCUGGCAGAGAGACAAGUGUUGCAAACAUACAAGAGAGUGAAUGUAAGGACCAAACAGCAAUGUCUAUCAGAAGAAGUUGUCACUUGUGUUGGGACAGUAAAUAUUUCACAGUUCAUUUUUAUGCACUCGCUGUGGACGCUCAUACUCAACGAAGAGUAACCUAUCCAGACAUCAACGAUUUGAGUGUGGUGUUAUUCGUCAGUUUGUUUGCUAUCUGUGUGAUAAAAAGUUCACACACAGCCAUAAUCUGUCUAGGCAUAUAACAUUUUAUCACAAAUAUUAUGACUGAAGCUAUCGAGAAGCUAAUGGAGGAAGAGAUUAACAAGACAACCAAUCACAUGAUCAGUAAACAAAAAUUCAAAAACAUUGAACACUUCAAAUUUCUGAGUGUAGUGAUAUGGGAAGAAAAUCAGACAAGUAGACGCGUAAAUGAGACUGUAAAUGAUAAUAGAGUCUACUACUCAACAUAUAAACGUCUAGGGUCUAAUCUACUGAUAAGGAAUACCAAAAUGAAGCUGUACAACACAGUCAUCAGACCAGUCCUAACCUAUGGAGCAGAAACAUGGAGAAGAACACCAGCAAUGAGUUUUAGAGGAAAAAAUGUAUUUAUAGGUACACAAAAGAUUUUAUGGCAUAAUUCUGUAGGAAGAGAGGUUCAGAUAGACUGCAGUAGCAAGGUUCUUUGGGAAAUGUGGCAGGUCUUUUGGAAGAGAAGGGUACAUAAUUGUAGUAGGGUAAGUGGUUAAUAUAGAACAUAUGUUAUUAGUGUCCAUUAAAAAAAAAUUAGGAGCUUGGUCAUACUGAAUGGUAUUAUUCCAGAGCUGGGUUCCUGCUACUGAAUGGGAUCUAGAGGAGGUUCAGGAAGAUCAUUAAGAUAGGGUAGGUAAUAAGAGAACUGUCUACUUGGUCAUACAGUAAGAGAGAGAGUGUGUGGAAAUUACUGAGCCUGCUUGCAACGACAGAAUAGCUGUGCAUAUAAUGGUGAAAUAUGAUCAUUAAGUUGAAUGUCACAGAGACGUCAUGUGCAGGCAUUCAUCAUCAGCUCUGAGUGUCCGCGUUCUCACUUCCCGCGCACGGGGUCCCGGGUUUGGUUCCCGGCAGGGUCAGGGAUUUUCUGUGCCUCAAGAUAACUGGGUGUUGGGUGUCUUUCAUCAUCAUUUCAUACUCAUUCACUCGCAAGUCGCCGUAGUGGCGUUAAAGAACUUGUGGAGCAGCGGACGAACUGCCCCGCGAGGUGCCUCCCAGCCACCAAUGCCAUACGCUCAUUAUUAUCAACUCUGAGUGACGAGCUUUCCUGAUAAAGACCUCAGUUGUAACAUUGCAAUUUUGUGAGAGUUCCUGUUGGCAAAAUGUCAGAUAUGUGUAAAACCAUUCCCUUGCAUUGUGUUAUAGAUUCUAACUGUUAAGUUCAGCAAGGAAAAAAAAGAACAAAAUCUACAAUCUCAAGAUUUUGCUAAAAUCUAAAAAGUUUGUAAUAGUCACCCCUUAUCUAUCCAUGCCUGUCUUUUAUGUCUAUGAAAUCAGAUGGUAUAUUAAAAACAAAGAUUCCAAGACUUACCAAGCGGGAAAGUGCCGGUAGACAGGCACAACAAAAUAACACACAAACACACACACACACACAAAAUUUCGAGCUUUCGCAACUGGCGGCUGCUUCGUCAGGAAAGAGGGAAGGAAAAGGAAAGAUGAAAGGAUGUGCGUUUUAAGGGAGAGGGUAAGGAGUCAUUCCAAUCCCGGGAGUGGAAAGACUUACCUUAGGGGGAAAAAAGGAUGGGUAUAUACUCUCGCUCGCGCGCGCACACACACACACACACACACACACACACACACACACACACACACACACACACAAAAGCAGACAUAUUUGAUCAGAUGUUAUGCUAUAUUGCUUGCAAGAGCAUGCUUGGUAUUUGUCUAGUAGGUUGUCUGAUGUUACAUAGUUAGCAAGCUGAUUGUAGAGUACUCCCUCUUGAAUUUUCUUGUGGGUUUUCAUUAAGGGUAA